CCAAUUGACAUUGGGUUUAUGUAUUGGUAUAAUACAGAUCCAAACUAGCUGAAAUUAGAAGCUCACAGUUCAGUUUGGAAGAAUAAAGGAAGGAACAAACAAGCAACAAUGAAAUUGCCCAUUCUGCUGGAUUUACCAAAAGAAGAAUUAGAAGACUUAGUCGAUAAAGCAAAGGAUUGGGCGCUUAUACAUGGAAUAUGUUUGAGAUCGAAAAAAGUGUUUGAUAGAAAUAUCUUGCAAUUCGCACCGUUUACUCUUUUUCCAUCACCAUUUCCCCGAGAGGAAUUCUAUAACGCCUGUGAUAUUCAAAUCAUUUUGAAUAUACUUAUACAUAGAGUAGCUCAUGAUUAUGAUUUUUUGAAAAAUACUUUGUGUGAGACUAUAAAAGUGGACGAUUUUACUAAAAACUUAUUUAAUAUCUAUAACAUUAUUCACAAGGAAGGUGUUGCUCAGAAAAUAUCUCUUGGCAUAUUACGCUCAGACCUAAUGUUAGACACAAGUUGUCCCAAAAAAGAUAUUAAAAUGCUCAAAUCUCACUGCUGCUGGAAACAAGUUGAGAUAAAUACAAUUGCUUCUGGAUUUGGUUGGUUAGGACCUGCAUCCAUGCAGCUACAUAAGUUUGUCUUGCAGGAACUUGGCUAUAUGGCUGAGCUGAAAAAUCUUCCUGAAAAUAAUGCUCUACAAGCACUUUGUUCUAGUUUCAUAGAAGCAUGGAAUUUAUACGACAAUCCACAAGCAGUUAUUUUGUUUGUUAUUGAAGACACUACAUAUAAUAUUUGCGAUCAGCGCUUUCAUGAAUAUGAAAUUCGUAAGCAAAAUUCAGACAUAAAAGUAAUUCGCAGAAAUUUAACGCAAUUAGUGACUACUGCAAGACUAGGUCCCAAUAAGGAGCUAAUAGUAAGUAGUUAUGUCGUAGCAGUAGUUUACUACAGGUGUGGUUAUGAGCCUGGUCAGUAUCACACUCAAAAAGAAUGGGACGUAAGGUUGCUGAUCGAGAGGUCAUUGGCAAUCAAAUGCCCGAGCAUUCAAUAUCAUUUAGCUGGUACAAAGAAAGUUCAACAAACUCUUGCAAAGCCCGGUAUGGUUGCACGUUUCUUAAAAGAUGAAAAAACUGCAGCGAAAAUCAAAGAAGUAUUUACUGGUCUUUAUCCAUUGGAUUUUGAUGAAUUUGGAAAUGCUGCUGUAGAAAUGGGUAUUUCAAACCCUCAUUGUUUCGUGUUAAAGCCACAGAGAGAAGGCGGUUGUAAUAACUUGUAUGGAACAGAUAUCAAAAAUUUUCUAGAAUCUGUAAAAUCUAAACAAAAUCGAGUAGCUUGGAUUCUUAUGGAUCGAAUUUAUCCACCAGUGCACAGAAAUUAUGUUGUGAAAUGUGGAAAUGAAAAUAUGAAUUUAGAAAUGAAAGAACUAGUCUCAGAGUUAGGUAUAUUCGGUAUUAUCAUUGGAGAUAAUAAGAAUAUUAUAAUAAAUAAACAGGCUGGUCACAUGUUAAGAACAAAAUUAUCCACUGAUAAUGAAGGUGGUGUGGCUACUGGUUUAGCUUUACCUGAUGUUAUACAUGCGGUGGCCAAAUAUGAAGUGGGACAUGAACCACGAGAGAUCUUUUUCUUCCGAGAAGGUAGCAUUGUUAUGUGGAAUAUUUCUGAUCUCGAAUGUGGCAACGUAUUGCAAUUUUUGAGACGUUACGAGCAAAAUCGUUACACAGAAGAAUUGGUUCAAACUGAAAGCGAGUUAAUGAAUUAUACUUAUGCAGAUUCCGGGAAAAAGAGUCACUUGAAGGAUGGCGACAUUAUCUUGGCACAAGAAGCAGGAAAUUUGGAUAAGUACACAUUUUCCAAUGCCAUGGCACAAUCUGUCAAGUUAGGCAUAUGGGAGGCAUCGUUAAAUCGUUAUGUCGAUUCAAUUGAAUUUGUUACGGAAGAUCUAAAGUUUGGUAAGAAGAUUCAGAUGACGCAGCACGAGGUAUUGAGAAAACAGGGUGAAUUGUUCGCUCUCAGACACCGUAUCAAUUUAACGUCGGAUCUGUUGGAUACACCUGAUUUCUACUGGGAACGAGACGAUUUGGAAAGUUUGUAUCAACAAACCUGCGGAUAUUUUAGCAUCGCGAAACGUACGAAAGUAAUGAACGAGAGAUUAAAUCACUGUUUGGAACUGGUAAGCAUCUUGUCGUCGCACUUGAGCGAUCGUCAUCACGUACGUUUGGAAUGGAUGAUUAUCAUACUUAUUAUGGUAGAGGUCGCUUUCGAAGUUUUGCAUUACAUCGAUCGGUAUCUUGUAAAAUAAUGACUUAAUAAAUAAUAAAUAAUACAAAAGCUGGAUAAUAAUCUAUGUAUAUUAUGUAUAUAUAUUUUUUAAAUAUACUGAUAUAAGACAGGAUUGUUCGUUGAAUUCCUUGUUAUUUAAUAUACUGACGGCAGAUCUGGAGGAAGAGAUGGGAAAAGUUAAAUGGAAGGAGCGGAAGAAGAGAUGCUAGGAGAUAAGAAGGUAUAUGGUUUGACUUACACAGAUGAUAUAGUUUUACUGGCCGAGGCUGAAGGGAGCAUGAGGAGUAUGAUAGAGAGAUUAGAGAAGUGAAAGGAAGGGAUUGGAGUUCAAUAGAGAAAAAAACUAAAAUAAUGAGAUUCAGGAAAAGGGGGUAAGAGCAAUAAGGUGGACUGGAGAUGGAAGGAUAAAGUGAUAGAAGAAAUAAAGAAUUCAAAUAUCUGGGAUGUACGUUGCAAAGGAAUGAGGGGCAGAAGGCGCAAAGAAAAGAGUAACGAAAGCACCGGCAGUGAUGGGACAAGUAUAGAGGAUUGAGAAAAGAAGAUUCAGCAUAAUUGGAAGAGAAGGACGUGAUUAUUUGACGCGUUGAUAUGGGCUAUGGUGAGUUAUGGGGUGGAAAUCUGGGAUUGGAAAGAGAGGAAGGGGAUGGAGGAGUUGCAAGAUAAAUAUUUAAGGUGGGUGUUAGGGGUGGAGGGAAAGACGCCAAGCUACACGAUAAGGGAAGAAAUGCAAAAGUAAGAGGAAGGGAAAAAGGGCUUGGGCAUUUGAAGAGAGAUUGAAGGGUGGAGAGGGAAGUUUUUUGACACAGUUAUGUUUAGAGGAGAUAAGAGAUAAUGUAAGGAAUGGGAAAAAGUGAGAAGAUUGGGAGAGAGGAAGGGGACAAUAUUUCGAGGACAGGGGGUUGGAAUUGGAAAGCUGAGUUGGCGAAGCCUGGAGGGAGGGUUUAGAUUCGAAGAGAAAAGGGAUAGGGAAAUGCAGAAGGAAAAAAGAUGGGAAAAGAUAAGGAAAGCGAAAUAUAAUAGAUGGUAUGGAUGGAUAAAGGGAGAAGGGAUUCCGGCAUAUUUAAAGAAAGGAUAAGGAGAGAGGAGAUGUAGGAGGAUAGCUAAGUUUAGAUUAGGGAAUGAGAUGAAGGAAGAGAGAUAUUGGAAAGGAGAGGAGGAAAAGAAAUGUAGGCUAUGGGGUGGGAAUGGGGUGGAAUCAUGGGAGCAAGAAUGGGAAGAGUGUAGGAGUUGGAGUGUAGUAUGAAGGGAGUUGGCAGGAGGUUGUAGCAUUUUGGGAAAAGAGGGUGAAGGAUGGAUGAGAGAUAGGAGAAAAAAGGAAAAAAGUGGAGGAGAGAGGGAGAGAUCCCCAUCCUUCCCCACAUUCCUUGAUGGGGAAGAGAGAGAGAGAGAGAGUAAGAAGGAGAAGAGGUGAAGAAGGCUCUGCGGGGAGGAUUGAUGAAUUAUUGUAGUUUUUGAGAAUGAAAGAGGUGGAGAUAUUACAGCGGAAGCGCAAGUCUGGGCACAGGG